UUGUUCAGUAUUUAAGCGGUCGCGAUUCGGCGAAGGUCACUAGACCUAGCGCAACGACGGCGAACGAGAGCAGAUCGGGAAGUGCAUUUCUCUGCGGGGUCUGUCGAUCGAGGCAGGUGUUCAACGAAAGAGGUGUAGAACAAUGAUCGUGUCGUGAUCGAGUGCGUGUGUAAAGUUAUUAGUGAAAUUUAGAGUGAGCUUUAUUUCGGUACAUUACCUUGCAUUUAGUCGAAUUUAGUCAACAAUAGUGCGGGCAGCAGAGCACAACAAUAAAAAUGAGUUCCCCGCAAAUGGCCAACAAAACUCGGCUGCGAUUAGUGUUAAGUGGCUUUUUGUACCUUCUGAUCUGUGAUAUUGCUGGUGUCAACGGAGCGGCAUUCAAAUCGCCCAAUAAGGAUGACGCCCGUUUCUGGCGCUACCAAGCCGAAUCCUACCUCAAGCAGGUGCUCCAGUACGCGGACAACGCAAAGGGCGCGGGCGUGGCCAAAAACAUCAUCAUCUUCGUCGGCGACGGGCUGGGCGUGGCUUCGCUGUCCACCGGGCGCAUCUACAAGGGCCAGCUGGCGAACCGAUCGGGCGAGGAGGAGAUGCUCAGCUUCGACCACUUUCCGUACACCGGCUUCUCGAAGACGUACAACACGGACCGACAGGUGCCGGACUCUGCGGGGACGGCGACGGCCCUGUUCAGCGGAAUUAAGACCAAGUACGGCGUUUUGGGGGUGGAUCACACCGUGACGGAGACCACGGAGGCGGCGGCUAGUGUGUCCAGUUUUAUGGAGUGGGCUCAGUCGGUUGGGAAGCGGACGGGGAUUGUGACCACGACCAGGGUGACGCAUGCGACUCCGGCGGCGACUUUUGCGCACUCGUUCAACCGGAAUUGGGAGUGCGAGGCAAAGAUUCCGGACGGGCUGAGGAACCGGACGAAGGACAUUGCGCUGCAGAUGGUGGAGAAUGCUCCAGGGUCGAAGUUCAAUGUGAUUCUUGGAGGUGGGCGGGCAUGCUUUGGGGCGGCCAUUCCGGAGCAGCUCAAGACGAAGAUCGUGUUCAACGGGACGAUGGAGAAGAACUGCUGGCGCAAGGAUGGGCGAAAUGUGGUUGAGGAGUGGUUGGACAGCAAGAAUGGCACGUCGGCAGCUUACGUAACGAACACGGCCCAGCUGAUGAACGCUCCGGUAGAUGAGAUGGACCAUCUGCUCGGGUUGUUUGCCGAUACUCACAUGACGUACGAGACGCUUCGUGACACCAGCAAUGAGGGAGAACCAUCCCUGUCGGAUAUGACGGAACGGGCGAUCCGGGUACUGCGGAGGAAGCACUCGAACGGAUUCGUACUGAUGGUGGAAGGAGGACGAAUUGACCACGCCCAUCACCAGAAUUACGCACACCUCGCGUUGAUGGAGGUCGUCGAGAUGGACCGAGCCGUUGAACGUGCUCUCGGCAUGGUCGAUCUAGAAGACACCCUAGUCAUUGUGACGGCGGAUCAUUCCCAUGCGAUGACCUUCAACGGAUAUCCGGACCGCGGGAACGACAUCUUAGGAUUCGGCAACCGGCCGGACAAGCUCCCGUACGAGACGAUCACGUAUGCCAACGGUCCCGGCUUCCGGCUGCACCGCGUCAACGACAGCUCGUCGGAACCCUCGGACUACGCCACGUGGAUUCCGGUCCGGAACAUGGACCGAAACGAAGUCACGUACCGGCACCUGUCGGCGUUCCCGCUGGAGGACGAAACGCACGGCGGGGAGGACGUGGCGGUGUUUGCUGCGGGUCCGGGGUCCGGGCUGGUGCGGGGAACCUUCGAGCAGAACUUUAUCGCGUACGUGAUGAGCUACGCCGGCUGCAUGGGACCGGCCCGGAAGCUGAACGAAGGUUGCUUGGGGCGGAAGGGGGCCGCGGGAGGAGCGAGGGGCUCCAUUGCCGGAAGUAUUGUUCCUAAGUUGUUGAUCAGUAUUGGGUUUGUGGUGUUUAGCAAAGUGUGCCGGUUUUGACGGGAGGGAGGUUAGAACAUUGUUAUUGAUUGUAAAUUUUAUUAAGGAAUUAAAGAAAUAAAUGUAAAUAUUGUUAAAUCGU